AUGCGUGGAUACGAAGCCGAAAGGGACAAACUCAGAGAGCACCUGGGAAUCGAAUGGAUUCCCGGAGGACUGAAGCAGAACGCGUAUUCUGAUGAUAAGUUUAUCCGACACUCUUGUGAUUUGAACUGUAAUUUCGACGACGUAAAGAAGUGCCGUUGGAAAAACAUGGAAGAUAAGUGGGGAUUGGAUUCGCUCGACUUUCACCUUUUUGAGAAAGUUGAUUUCACUGAGUUUCCGGCUCUACGAGUCCUCCCUGGUCCUACAAAGAUCCAUCAAGGAGACAAAAUGAUCUUCACCGGUGACAAAAAACGGGAAGAGCAGCACGCACUCUACAUUUCAUCGCAGAUCGGAUGUCAGAACUCGACCGGAAACCUGACAUUCACAUAUUGGUCGUACAACAGUGCGCAAGUGGAAGUCGUGCUGUUUGAAGACCUUCCAAAUAAAGGAUACAAAAUGCUGUACGAAAAACCUUACGUCGACUGCGGAACGCUGAAGCUGAACACCGAAUGCCGUGCCGAGAUUCCCCCACGCAAAACACCUUUCAGAAUUGCUUUCCGAGCUUACGACAUGUCAAAUCCGGAGGGUUCGUUCAUUAUGCUGGACAACUUCAUAUACACCGCCUCGCUGUGUAAAGUCGGAAUCGACAUGGGUGAUGAUUUCUCAUCAGUGCCACUUGAGUCAAUAGCAAGUGGAAAGCCGAUUCGAACCGCAUCCGAUUUAGAUUGCAGGGACUUCUAUUCAUGCAGGUGGCGAGCAUUCGGAAGGGCAUCUAAGCCAUGGCAAAUGUCGUCGUCGAUCCUUCCACUGCAGCUGAUUUUCAACGCAACUGGCAGUUACAUUCGACCUGAAGGUACCUACGCCUUGCUGUAUAUCGAGCAGGAUAACAAGGAGCCUCUUGACUAUCUGCGAUCGGAUCCAAUCAGUUGCCAGAGUCAGACUGAGAACACACUGUCAUUGAGGUUCUGGAUGACGAAGGAUGUUCUGCUGGAGGCGUGUGCGCUGUCACUGAUGGAUGAGGUGAUUGAAUGCCAUGUGUUGCCGUCGGAAAUGAGUCCGGCACCCGUUUCCACUUCGUUUACCACUGCUGCGAAGAAUUUUGUGAUUACGAUAAGAGUUCGCUCGUUCAACCCAGACUUUGACUCCGUGGUGAUCGUGGACGACAUCUCCUACCGAGCAACUCUAUGCAGCGAUGCGCUGAAUGUAUUCGAUCUUGGCGAGCACUUCGUUAGUACUCCAUUGCUAAGUUUGCUGCUGAACAAGAAUGUCAACUCGGCCAAGGAGCUCUCUUGCGACUUCGCUCGUCGUGCGGCCAACUGUGUGUGGGGGUCAACGGAAUCGACAAGAAGCAGUGAAGAGAAUGAGAUUUUCGCAAAUCAGUGGAUGAUAGGUCAUGGUCCUUUAAAUCAAGAGAAGCUCUACUCGCUUACCGGUUUCACUAAUUUACCAGACGGCGAGUUCGCAGUUGCCCGAAUGGAAACUGGUGGGUCGACCAUGUUGCUCUCCGAGGUGAUUCGAUGCGCAUUAGACGAUGUGAGCAUCCAGUUCAGUCUCUGGCUCACAGGAACUGCCAAAUUACAGGUUUGUUUGGUUGACGAGUCCACCCCUUUACUUCUGGAUUGUCAACCGGCUUCGAGCGGCCCGGUCGUUGUGGAUUUACCUCGCAUUGAAAGACCUUUCCGCAUCGCACUUCGAGCAGAGUCUCCCGAUCAAGGGAUGGUUAUCGUUGACGACAUCAGUGUACAGGGCCAUUUGUGUCCAUCAGUACUGCGACAGCACUCUUCUAAGUCCUAUCAUCCACUGGCGGACCAACCCGACCCAAAUGCGUGCCGGUUGCUUUCAUGCGAUUUUAAACACGGACAUACCUGCCUCUACGAGUCAAGCCAAAUCCAGAAUAGUAUAAUCCAUGGAUCAGCUGUGUCUCGACUCGACACCUUCCACGGUAUAUCGAUACUGGAAUCUCCGACAUUUCAUCUUAACACCAUCUCUCGGCUACAUUUCAACUACACCAUGGAGGGCGAAGCCCUGCUUUUCGUCUGCAACGACAGUGCAAACAAAGAGCUGGAAAGUUGCUUCAAAGUGGAAGGACGAGAAGGAGAGGACUACAUCGAGAUGCUGCCCAGUGAUACGAAGGUAAAUUGUCUUCGAUUCUUGAGAGAGCCGGGUUGGAGCGUUCCAGUUGCAUUGCAGAGAGUCAUUUUUUUUCCAAACAAGUCCGGUACCAAUUUCUUAACCCCAUAG